UUAUGUAAGAAAAAUAAUAAACAGGAUGCAAGAGCAACGGAAUCCUUCAAAUACAGUUCAUUGAUUCAUUCAUCAAUUUCUGAUACUAAAGAUGCGGAAACGGCGAUAUUGUUAUUACAAUCAGAAAAUAAGUUUGCUUUAUUGGCAGCUGUACAAAGUUUGUCGAAGUAUGCUAGUAAAUCGAAAGACAAUGCAAAGAUACUUUUUCAUCUCGGCAUUGUAAAUAAUGUUCUUCCUGUUAUCGAGCACGAAGAUAUAUUUGUUCGAAGAUUUGCUGGGAAACUGUUGACAGAAAUGACGGCAGUGCCAGACAUAAUAAAUGAUUUGAUUGAAUCCAAUUAUAUUGGCCAUUUUGCGAAGCUAUUAAUGAGAGAGGAAGAUAUUUUCAUGCAGGAAUACCUUUCUGCAGCGCUCGCAAAAUUAUCCGAAGAUCCGUACGGUAAUGCUCUUCUAGCAAACUAUUGCUCAAACGUGAGCAUUCUUUUUGAAGGAUUACAAUCGCCAGAUCCGGAUAUAAAGAAACAUAAUCUCGAGAUUCUGCAUAAUUUAAUGCAUGAUCUCGUAGCUGCGCGUGAAAUUUCAAGAAGCGAGAAAUUUAAUUUUUCUGCGCUGUAUCGAUACUUUGAAUCAUCGUACCCAGAAAUUCAACAUCUUGCGUUAGAUGUAGCUGCGGAUGUAAUCGGUAGAAAUAAAGAUAAAGAUAUACAAUCUUUAUUUCAUGAAACAAACGGAGUUAAAGUGCUACUAGAUUUUUUAAAAAAUGACGAGUGGAAUGAUUUGCACAUUAAAACUCUAAACAUAUUACGUUUUGCUGCUGAAAAUCCAGUAGUCGUAGAUGAACUUAUUGACAGCGGAAGUAUUCCACAAAUAUUAAAUUAUAUAAAGCAUGCGGAAAAUCCAAAACUUUUUGUAGAAGCGCUCAGAAUUCUUGUACAUAUCGCAAAUACCUUCAAGGGAAGAAAAAUGUUAUAUUCCUACGAGAUUAUUAAAUAUUUAAUAGAUGCUUUGCGACAACCAAUACAAUCUGACAUUGUUGAAGUUACUUGUUACGUAAUUGGGAAAAUGACACUUUUUGAUCAUGCUGCAAGAGAACUUACAAGCACGGAGACUAUUAAAACUAUUUUAGAUUUAUUGAAAAAGGAAGACUUGCCGUGGUCCACAAGACACGCCGCAAGUUUCGCAAUCAAACAGUUAUUGAUGAGCAAUAUUAAAAAUUGCAAUGUCUUUUCGAAUAUUCAUGGACCAGAUUAUCUGUGGCAAAUGUUAAAACACUCGACAGAACAAGUUCUUGUAGAAACUUAUAUUAUUGCUCUUGAAGUUCUGCUUACCAUGGCACGACAUUUAAUUUUCAGAGAUACUAUGAUUAAUUUUGACACUAUUAACACAAUUUGCUUGCUUUUAGAGUCAACUUAUCCGUUUAUCGAUGAAUUUAAAAUCGCUUGCUGCAAGUUACUUUCUGUACUAUGCUUAGAAGAAAGUGGACGGCGUUAUUUUCUCAAAGCAAAAGGAUCCCAAAGAAUAUUCGCUCUCAUUACUGAUGCUUAUUCAGUUUCAGUAAGAAACACUACGCUACAGUUAAUGCAGGCAAUUUCUACAGAUUUAAUUGUAGCAAAAUCCUUCAUAGAAAACAAGUACCUUUUGUACAUGUUGAAUAACCGUUUAUUUUCAAAAACGAUUCCUUUAUGGGACACUUGCAUUGAAAUUCUUCUUAAAUCACAUUUACCGACUAAAUUCGCUCUUACGGGACGCUUGUCUUUAAAUGAUCUUACUCAGGAUGGAUUUUAUGUCUCAAAAACCAAUGUAUGCCCAUCUCCCGUGUUGGAUGAUAUUUUCCGAAUCAAAUUUUGUCCUUUAGAGCCUAUUUAUGUAAUAAAUUAUUUGCAAUUACCACCGUCGAAUACUUUACAGAACGAGAUAACUUUCGAAAAGGACAUAAAUGCGUGGCUCAAAUCAAAGUUCGGUCAAUUGCAAUGCGAUCCACAUUUUUCCGAAUAUGUGGAACUCUUUAAACGUAUGCUCUUAGCAAAGGAACUAAAAGAUAUCCCAGCGACAGAAAGAAAUACAGAUAUUAGAUCAAUAAAUAUCCAAUAUGUUCUCACACGUGCAAAGAUGUUAGCCGUAUUCGUGGCGCGUCAAAUGUCUGGUGUCGAUUCAACGGGAAUUAGAUGCAUCGACCAACAACUUGAAGUUCAUUUGAAGCAAAUCAAAGAAUGUUUAGAAACGAACAUGAUUCCGCUUGGACAACUUUGUGUUGGUUCUUACCUCGAGCGAGCUAUGCUUUUCAAGGCGAUAGCUGAUAGAAUAUGCCUUCCAGCAGCUUUCGUACGUGGGGAAUACGGUGUUUCGUGGAUUGAAAUAGCCAUACCUCAAAUGGAAGACUCAAAUGAAAGAGUAUUAUUUGAUGCUUGUUUGGAUGGAAAUAAUGAAGAUUAUGAAAAAAGAAUUACGACCGAACUUUUAGGCGAGUCAAAUGUCUUCACAUAUCAGAACGGACAUGAGAAAGAAAAAAUUUCUCUCUCUCUCGAUUAUCAAUCGACGAUUUACCCAACCAAGCUUAUGAAACCGAAUUUUAUCGUUGAUUUGAUGGACACCCCGGGAGAUUUGAUCCCAAUUGGAAGUCCUCGUUCAAAAUUAUAUUCUAUUAAAAAAAUAACAUGUUGCUAUUGA